CACAUCUCUUAUGUAAAGGCGUCACGUUUAUAAAUUGUCUCUUAAAUACAGAGCUAUCUGGCCGAGCUUGCCGGACAUCAUAUUGUUGUUCAAAAUUUUGCAGACCCACCUGAAGUUAUCUAAACAGGUUCGAAGUGUUCAAGCCAAGGUUGACGUUCAACAGCUGGUAUUUUUUUUUUUUUUUUUCUUAAAGGACUCGAUUAAGAAAAGAAAGAUGAGACUCUGGAUCUGUUGCAAGGUGAAGGUGAAGAAGAUCUCCAUCACCUUGUUCACUGUGAUUAUCAUUAUGUCUUUCUUAUUCCUGGCUGUCGACUUUCACUCCAGGUACCUGACACAGACAGAUUUCUACCAAUGGCUCCACAACAGGCUCAGGUUUGGUGCCCACCCACCCCAGAGCUCAAAAGUUCACCAUCUACAGAGGAACAGGUCAACUGAACAGCAUUCUCCUCAGUCCUGCCAACCCAAAACAAAUGUGAUGUUCCUGAAGACUCACAAAACGGCCAGCAGCACCGUUCUGAACCUGCUCUACCGAUUUGGGGAGAAACACAACCUGACCUUUGCCUUGCCUAUCAAAUACCUGCUUGACUAUCCCAAGUUUUUCAGCUCACGCAGCGUAAAGGGCUUCCCCCUGCAGGACGGACAACACUACAAUAUCAUGUGCAACCAUAUGAGGUUCAACCGGCCCGAGGUCCAGAAAGUGAUGCCAGCAGACACCUUCUACUUUUCUAUUCUGCGUAACCCAGUCACUAUGGCUGAAUCCUCAUACAGCUACUUUAAAUUUUUGGCUCCGUCUUUCAACCGCUCUGCCAGCUUUGAAGACUUUAUUGCUGAUCCCUGGCAGUACUACGUACCACACCUGCGCUACAAUCACUUGGCUCGAAACCUGCUUUGGUUUGAUUUUGGCUUUGACCAUAAUGCUAACUUCUCACUCCAGUCUGCCCAGGCCGGGGUGGCGGAAAUCCAGCAGUCUUUCCAUCUCAUCCUAUUAGCCGAGUACUUUGAUCAAUCAAUGGUUCUCCUUCGGGAUGCCCUCUGUUGGUCACUGGAUGACAUUGUCACCUUUAGGCUUAACUUUCGCAGUAAUGAGACUCAAUGGCGCCUGUCCCCAGCACAGGAAGACCGACUUAAGGUGUGGAAUGCUAUGGACUGGUAUUUAUACCAAACUUUCAAUAAAACUUUCUGGCAGAAGGUGGAGAGUUUUGGAAAAAGUAGGAUGGAUCAGGAAGUGGCCAGCCUUCAGGCCCGCCGAGAAGAACUUACAAAUCUCUGUCUGUUGAAGGGAGGGAAACCAGUAGAUGCAAGCCAGAUUCUUGAUGAAGCUGUUCAACCAUACCAGUCUGGCCAGGCUGACAUCCUGGGAUACAAUCUGAAUUUAAACCUCAGCCUUCCAGACAAAGAACGCUGCUUGCGGAUGAUCAUGCCAGAACAGCAGCAUAAGGACUUGCUGGAUAGCAAACAGUUUCCAAGCACAGAAGCUGUGCAAAAGCAAACUGUAGCUAAUGGGGUCAGCAGGCUUCAAGAAAAGGUCCAAGAGGCAAUAAAAGAGACCAUGUCCUCAAGAAACAGGACAAGUCCAACUAGAAGCUCACUAGACACCCCAGGAACCCCAUGACAGACAGCCUAUUCAUUUGCACUUUUUGUAAGUGCCUUCUAGAAGAACAUUAAAAGUCUUUUGUUACACAUUGACCACUCCUGGUUGAUAUCAACAGGUUUCGGAAAGCACAAAAACUGCUUUCUUAUCAAGGGAACAUCUGUUUUUCUCCCUUUCUGGAAACCACAAGGUGUCAUCUCCUUUUUGGCAUGGACUUUUCAGGUGGUUCUCUCCAUCUUGGGAAAAAGAGCUUCAUUUUAUUUGAUUGCGAUGGAUGAAGAAGUUCCUGUAAAACCACUCAGGAAUGCGCCAGUUGAAUAGAUUUGCUCACUAUGAAAUUUGAGAAAAAGAAUAGAGAAUUGGGGAUGACUCCAGUGUAAUUUUAUAUUGUUCUGCUCUAAAGGAAAGUUAACAAACAAUCCAAAAAAAUAUAAUCUUCUUGGCUUGGUUUUGAGGUUCACUUGUUUAUCUGGGUCUUGUUGGCUUGACCUAGUGAUUGAAGGAUUUGGUACCAUUGACUGGCCUUCACGCUGUCUCGCCUGACCUCACUCCAAUAGAACACCUCUGGGAAAUGAUGUUUGGGUCCAUCCGAUGCCUCGGACUGUCCAGGAGCUCAGUGAUACCCUGGUCCAGAUCUGGGAGGAAAUCUCCCAGGACACCAUCUGUCAUCU